AUGGUAAAGAUUUCUCCACAGUCUCCGUGGGGUGAAGCUGGAGCAUCAGUGAUAACCACCACCACCGCCACCGCCGUGCGCUCUCCGCUGCAGGAGGCUGCACGUCAAUCACGCCAGGUAACCAGAGGUCAUCAGAUGGAGCGGGCGUUGAUCUGCGGCGCCUGUAACAUGGUGUUUCGCUCCACCAGGCUGCUGGAGAAACACACAGCAAUGUUCUGCAUCGGUGGUGAGGUGGAGAGCGGAGGUGUCGACGCUACACAGACCAGAACUCCUGAUCUCACUCAGACGAAGGGUCAGAGAAGAAACCCCAUCACGUGGAGCAGUGCUGAGGCCGAGCUAAAGUCAGGAACAGAAGACAAACCAGCGAUCGCUCAGACGGACGCGGCUGCUCUGCGAAAUCUGACUGACGAGUUUCACAGGUUGAUGAUGUCCAUAGAAGAAAACCUCCCAAACCGGUCCAGGAGCUCCACAGACACUGAGGUGGACUCACUGGUUUUGUCGUUCUCCCUCCACAUCUUGUUCUUCUUCCCACUGCACUGUACUUUUCAGCCUCCGAGUCGACGUCAUCUGGGUCACGCUGAGAGGCUGAAGGAGAUGAGGGAGAUGGCGACGCUCCACGAGCGCCAAGUGGCCCUGAUACGCUCUCACAACCAGCAGCUGGAGCAGCAGAGAGACGAGUUGGCCCAUCAGGUCAGUGUCCUGAGUGAGCAGAGCCGCUCGAGUCACCUGGAGACUCUGCUGACGGAGCUGAGAGAGCAGGAGGGGAGGGACGAGGAAACACUGCAACAUCUCCAUGCAUUGCACGUGCGACCUGCUGAUCAGCCAGAUCCAGCCGAGGAGAAAAAGAUGCAUCCUGACAACUACAAGCUCAUUACUUCAGCGGAUGGGUCGCUCUCUGCCCAGAUAAAAGCCCUGCGACAGACUUACAUGCAGUCAGGUGGGUCCGAUCCAACCAUUGUGGCUCAGAUGAUUGACCUGCAGGCAGAAGCCCAAAGUCUGGAGAAGAAUCACGCAGCAGCAGCAGCAGCGUCUGACAGGGACAGGAGGAGGAAGGUGAGGCCUCGUCUGCCGGGUCCGAGCUGGGAGCUGCUGGCUGUGGAGCAGGAGAACCAGAGGCUGGAGGAGGAGAUCCUCAGGAUGCAGCUGGACAGAGAGAGAAAACAUGACUACCAAGGGCGACACAUGAUGGACCCACUGGACUUUCUGGGUCCAGCUCCCUACGACCCUGCAGCUGGUUUUGUGGUUUUCUUUGACCUGGCUCUGGGAGUCGAUGCCUCUCAGAAAGCACUGCGUCUGGUGGCGGCUCUCUACUCUGAGGGUGUGGAAGUGGGACCCCCGACUCCUCUGCCCCCUGUCCAGUGUCUGCCGGGAUUAUCUUCACCUCUCACCCACAGCCUCACCCCUGGAAACUUCGCUCUUCUGUCAGUCAAACUGCCCGUUCCCAGGAUCCAGCCGUCAGCGUCGCUCUGCCUGGUGGUGGAGGUGCAGGGAGCCAGAGAUCUGGAUGUUUAUCAGCAGGAGGUCUUCAGACUGUCGCCCUCUGGCUGGACACGACUGGAACUCUUUGAUCAAUACAACCAGCUCUGUAGUGGCCACUGGAGGAUGCCAGUGCGCCGUCUGCCUAUUAAACCUUCACUCAGCAUUGCCCAGCUCAACUCAAUACCCCAGGUGGGAAACACGGAGCUGUGUGCACGUUUGGCCAACAGAAGAGAUGAGGACAUGCAGACCCUGGAGAAGCCCGACCCUGCCAGCACCAGGCACUACAGAUAUCAGCCUGUAGCGUCCUCUCUCCACGUGACUGGGCGACCAUCUCCGUCAGUUUCAGGUCCUCAGCCCACAGAGGUGGAUCAACUCCUCGUGCUGAGCUCGACCGAUCACAGAGAACCUCCACCCGCAGACGGAGCCAGUCAGAGACAAACAUGA